AUGCCUCAAAAGUUUGACUCGAUCCCUUUCGACAUAUGGCACGAGAUUGCCUCCUACCUAGGGCCUCAUGACUACAUCAACCUCAGUCUUGUGAACUGGGACAUGUAUGAACUGUUGAAAGACGAGAUCACCGCCCGAAAGUCCGCUCAGAAAUUCAUGUUCCACAGUGCCGAGUGCAGGCUGGCAGCGAGUGGGCAAAUCAGCUAUCGCCAAGCGAUACGGCGCGCCUUUGAUGUCCGAGAGGCUGUGGCCACCGCUCAGCCUUACUCCGCAGGCAUCAUGGGCUACGCGGAAAGCUUCCAAUUCAGGCAAGGCGUGCUGUGCUACAAGUACGGGCAUACAAUAAGGAUUUUACACACCCGUGCAGCUGAUGGCACGGAGCAGGUCAUCGACGUCAGAGCUGCGUUCUCUGAGGCCGUCUUACCUCUCACGGCUAGUGAGCAGCUGCAGGUGACCCUCCUAUAUUAUUCCGACGGUAUUACUACGUGCUUAUGCAAAUGGGGCGGGCGGACAUGGCUGAUGGCCUUUGACGUUUGCUCACACUCGCGAGAAGUGGGCGUCAGUCGCCUGAGAAUGGGUGUGUAUUUGCCCGAGGACCGCAACGUUACAAAGCGCCCUGUUCAGCUCGAAAAUGUGGUUGGCUCUGAACUCGGAUCCACCGUUUGCUUUGAGAUACGUGAUGGCUAUCUCUAUGUUGUCUCAAACCAAACAUCGCACGAAGAGGAGGAAAUAGACUGGACGUCGUUUUAUGUCUGCGUACGAAUUCCCCUGUCACGACCAACGGAACCCAUGUGGCAAAGAUACUGGAGGCGUCAACAUCAAGAGGGGCCUUUGAACGACACCUGGACCAACCUCUCUUUGCAGACAGAUGAAGACACCGGAAAUCUCAUCAUUGUCGAAUGCAGGCGAGAAUGGCGGGAUGGUGGCAGCGAAAACUAUCGGACAUAUUACAUGCAGCCCAUUGACCGUCCUCACGCACAGGCCGAAUGGGACGCCGAAAUCCUCGACCCGGUAACAAUGCGAACUCCUUUCCCCACGGAAGACCCACCCAGCCCCGGAUUUCCUCGGUAUAGACCAGUGAGCAGGCUCCCGAGCGACGAUCCAUUAACCCGUACCCUGGAUGCUUUCAGCAAGCCUAACUAUGUUCCUCCGCGAAAAAGAGUGAAGCGCCAGUAUCACCAUGAAUAUACCACAGAGGAGAGAAAUUCAGACUCCCGAAAGGACUUUCCGUUGUCAAAAACUAAGUUUUGGACGUACAAUUACUCUGCAUUGUCAUUCAUUGACCUUGUGAACGACCCGUUGCCUACUGGAGCAUUUUCAGCACCUUCGGACCGGUUGCGUUUGCGCAUCGGAUCUCGAAAACGCAAGUGUCCCAUCGAUGAAGCGGGCGAAGAAGUCAGCCCGGGAUUCUUGUAUCCUCCGGAACAUCUCCAUGAGGAUGCGACACCAAUGGAAUGUUCUGAGGAACGUUAUGAAUCUCGUGGAAUCAAACUCUGGCCCUCGGAUGACGCGCCAGAGGAGCUCCUUCGGACUCUCUGUCCGCGCUCCGCAUCCGGGGAAAUCCAAGCCGCCGCAGAUGAAAGAAUGAUUGUUUACUUGACGAAAGUGGCAUCAAUAGAUGAUCCCAGGCAAGUUCAAAGGGCCUCAAACGCUUAA